AUGCAGCGCCCCUCCUCCUCCUGCAGCGGCUCCGAGCUCAGUCCUGAUGCAGAGGCCCCUGAGUGGACGUGGCCUUUCUCACCUCUUGCACCUCGCACACCUUUGAAGUUCCACAAGUCACCUCCUCACCCCCUCUUCACCCCCUCCUCACCCCCUCCUCACCCCCUCCUCACCCCCUCCUCACCCCUCCUCACCCCUCCUCACCCCUCCUCACCCCCUCCUCACCCCUCCCCCCCUCCUCACCCCUCCUCACCCCCUCCUCACCCCCUCCUCACCCCCUCCUCACCCCCUCCUCACCCCCUCCUCACCCCCUCCUCACCCCCCUCCUCACCCCUCCUCACCCCCUCCUCACCCCCUCCUCACCCCCCCCUCCUCACCCCUCCUCACCCCCUCCUCACCCCUCCUCACCCCCUCCUCACCCCUCCUCACCCCUCCUCACCCCUCCCUCACCCCCCUCCUCACCCCUCCUCACCCCCUCUUCACCCCUCCUCACCCCCUCCUCACCCCUCCUCACCCCCUCCUCACCCCCCUCACCCCCUCCUCACCCCCUCCUCACCCCCUCCUCACCCCCUCCUCACCCCCCUCACCCCCUCCUCACCCCUCCUCACCCCCUCCUCACCCCUCCUCACCCCCUCCUCACCCCCUCCUCACCCCCUCCUCACCCCUCCUCACCCCUCCUCACCCCCUCCUCACCCCCCUCCUCACCCCUCCUCACCCCCUCCUCACCCCUCCUCACCCCUCCUCACCCCCUCCUCACCCCCUCCUCACCCCUCUCACCCCUCCUCACCCCUCCUCACCCCCUCCUCACCCCCUCCUCACCCCUCCUCACCCCUCCUCACCCCUCCUCACCCCCUCCUCACCCCCCUCCACCCCUCCUCACCCCUCCUCCACCCCUCCUCACCCCCUCCUCACCCCUCCUCACCCCUCCUCACCCCCUCCUCACCCCUCCUCACCCCCUCCUCACCCCUCCUCACCCCUCCUCACCCCCUCCUCACCCCUCCUCACCCCCUCCUCACCCCUCCUCACCCCUCCUCACCCCUCCUCACCCCCCUCCUCACCCCCUCUGGUCUGCCAUGUCAUCCCAGCUCUGACACAUGUCUAACACGGGUGAGUGAGAGUGCUGCUGGGAUCUGA